AUGAAGAUAAGAGUGUACCAAGGGGUUAGUGGCAUCCUCGUCGUCACCAUGGUUACCAGCAUUAUGUUGGUGUACAACAGCGGCUCCGGUGACAGAUCACCUCCGUCAUCAGCAUCAUCAUCAACUUCCCGCCGGUUAGAUGCUGCGAGUUCGGCCACAAAAAAGCCGAAGAGACUGCAGAGAAUCACGCCAUCUACACUCGAGGGGUACGCAGGUGUCAUGGAUCAUAAGUCUUUGAAGAUGCAUUGCAGUACUUGUUCUCUGGUGACCAGCUCGGGUCAGCUGACUGGGAACAAACGGGGUGAAGAAAUCGAUCGCUCUGAAUGCGUCAUCCGCAUGAACGAUGCCCCAAGCGAAGGCUACCAGCAGGACGUCGGCCAACGCACCAGUCUGCGCGUCGUUGCACACUCCAGCCUGCAGAGGGUGCUGCGGAGCAAACAGGAGCUGCUCAAUGCCAGCCAAGACGCAGUGUUCAUCUUCUGGGGACCAAGCAGCUGCAUGAGACGGGAUGGAAAAGGUCACGUUUACAACAACCUGAGGCUGAUAAACCAGCGACUGCCCAAACUCCAAAUUUACAUUAUUUCUCGGAGCAAGAUGCUGAAGUUUGAUGAACUAUUUAAAAAGGAAACAGGGUUUGACAGGAAGAUUUCCAACUCCUGGCUGAGUACUGGCUGGUUCACCAUGGCCAUAGCCCUGGAGCUGUGUGACAGGAUCAACGUGUAUGGCAUGGUGCCCCCGGAUUUCUGCAGGUCCUCCUCCCAUCCCUCCGUGCCCUAUCAUUACUACGAGCCCCUGGGGCCCGACGAGUGCUCCAUGUACCUUUCCCACGAGAGGAGUCAGAGAGGAAGCCACCACCGCUUCAUCACGGAGAAGACAGUGUUUGCUAACUGGGCCCGGGCCCUCAACAUCCACUUCUACCAGCCGCACUGGAGGCCCGCAGCCAUCGUUGCCAGCAUGAACAGCUCGUGCGCUCCGGCUCCUGCUGGAUCCUGA